GCGCAUGGCCGGGACCGGGUGCUGCGGCGCUACGAACACCGAGCUGUCGGAGGCGGAGGACAGCAUGGAGCGGACGGGGGACGUGGAUCGUGACGGCGGGCGGAUGUGUAUUGGUGUCCGUAUGCUGUGGGCAUCAUUGUCAUCGCUCGCGACGACGAUUACGACGUCCUUUCUGGGAGCGACCGCCAGGUUGAAUAUCUGCUCGGGGAGCGCUUUUUUUCUUCUUCGUUUUUCGUUCUUUCUGUCCUUCUUUCUUUCUUUUUUUUCCUUCUUUUCUCGGGAUGUAAUUAUCGAGAGCUCUGCCAGUUUCGCGCUGGUAUAAGGGGAUGUAGGAGGGGGAAACGGAUCGCAGAAGUGGAAAAGAAAGGUGAGACGAAACAGGACCAGGACUGGAGUCGAGCGAGUGUGUAGAGUACAAAAGUCAACCAGGAAGUCGUGGGUAAUUAUCGAAUCGAUGUAACGUGGAGGAUCAAAUCGAAUUAAUCAACUAGCGAAAGACGCGGGACAUGAUAUUUGGGGAGGGGGGGCGGCGAGACGAAUCCUCGAUUAAAUCGUGCAGUUGCAUAACCCACCACACCACUCACUUUCAUCCGUUACCCUGAUCGACUCGCAGCUUUUUCCUCAGCGCUCUGCUAUUCGUCACGUCUCUGAGAUGAACGUAUUU